UUGAAUGGUACAGUUUUGUUAAUGUAUUUGAUGAUAUGCUUGCAACAGCUUUUCUCACAAGCGCAAGAAAUUCUUUGACAAUGGUGUCAUCUGCCCUACAUCGUGAGGCUGAUAUGGCGGCUGCACCUAUUCUCGUAAUGGAAUCUGAUAUUAAGAAUAGACAGGUUAUAUUAAAUCCUGACAUGGACGCAAUUGCAAAUUUACUGAGUUCUAAUAUUGACCGAGUUCAUAAUAUACUUGAACAGUUUCCUCGGAUCGCUAAUAAAAUGAAAUUGCCAAAAGAGCAACAGUCACAUCCAUUUCCUAAAGUUUUUCGAGACGAUUCGGAAUGCAGGGGAAUAAUUCGAAAUAUUGAAGCAGAAAUAAAACACGAGCGUGAAGAGAUUGAUGGCUAUGUAUCAUUUUGGAAUAGUCACAGGGCCUUAUGGGAAACAUCGGAAUCUGAAUUUACUAAACGUGUUAAGUCCACUCCAAUGACAGCCGAUAUUUUUGAGGCAAGCAUUGAAUACUACAGCACAAUGGCAGACGACAUUUCUUUUGUUGAUGCUAUAUCGCAUGUUUACUUUAUACUUAUGAAUCAGAAUUACAUAAAGAAUACGAUACUUGAUUGGAUUGAAAAAUGGCAGGCGUUGAACAUUAAAAUUCUGGUAAACCAUUCAUUUUCAUUAAUACGAUCGAUCUACAGAUAUAUGCGGAGAAACGAGCGAAAACUAAUUUUGGUUCCCCGAACGCUAAAAGAGUCUUUAGCAUCUAAGGAAUUUUUCGAGCAACUAAUUGAAGAUGUGCCGAUUAGGCAAGCAACUUUUCCUCCCAUGCUUGAACUUUUUGGAGUAUUAGACAAAUAUCAGGUUGACAUCCUUGAUGAAAUACGUCAAAAAGUUCUGGGUCUAAACAAUGCAUGGCAGCACUAUCUUAAGAAGUUAGCAGAGGCGGACGAGAUGUUAGACAACAAUCGCGAAGAAUUUAAGAAAAUUUUGCUUCAGCAGGCCGAAAAGUUUAAAAUUAUUCUUAAAGAAUUUCUUGAUGAUUUUUAUUUGAAGUUACCAACUUCGGCUAAUAUAAAUCCAAAAAUUGCACUAAAAUUCCUCAAAAUUAUAGCUCUAAAGGUUGAAGAUUGUUUUAAAUUUGAGGAAAGUUUAAUGCGUGACUUGUCAGUAUUUAAUGUUAAUCAACCUGAAAGUGUCGACCUCCGGAAACUGGAGGCUGAAGUUAAAAUUGUACAGAAUAUAUGGGAUCUAAUACUUGACUGGCAAACCAGUUGGGAAGGUUGGAAAAAGGGAAAUUUUUGGAAAAUCAAUAUUAAUGAAAUGGAAGAUUUUGCUUUAAGUUUGUAUAAAGAAUUUAGCAUUUUAAGUAAGAAAUUUUAUGAUCGUCAUUGGGAAAUGCUGGAAGUAACCACGAAAAAUUUAGACAGUUUUCGACGUACUUUGCCAUUGAUAACAGCAUUAAAAAACACAUGUAUGCGAGAGCGUCAUUGGAAUCGGGUUCGCGAUGUACUUCAGGUUGAAUAAAGACAAUCCAGCGGCGGUCAGCAUCAAGACAUCCAGAAUCUUGGAUGCAUAGGCAGCUGCCGCCGCACAGUGGGCGGCGUUCUAUGGGAGAGCGGCCAAAAAUACUUACAGUAAAGGUAGAGGCUUGAA